AUGGCGACCAAUAAACUUGGUCGACGGAACCGAAAGAUUCAUCCGGUGAAUUCUGACCCGAAACUUAAAAACACUAUAACUGAAAAAUGGACCACAUUGGCUGUGACCAAGACGAAGGAUACUGAAAAUCAAUCGUCAAAGCCCUCGCGUACCUUAAGGUCUGCUCGAGCACGCCUUGACGAUGCUAUGAAGAACCUUAUAUCUGGUGUGGAAGUUGUCGUCCCGAACUUACAAGAAGACGAAACUAAUCUGACUAUUUGGCAGGCUGCUAUGCUGGGGAAUACGAACGAGACAAAAAAGUUGCUUGACAAUGAUCCAUUUUUAUUGAAUUCACGAGACAUUCUUGGAGCCACGCCUCUACAUUACGCUGUUAGGUACAAUAGGAAAGAUGUGGUCCAAGAACUGUUAGAACGAGGAUCAGAUCCCAACAGAGUAAUUCUAGGUAAAAAGAUAACAGCCCUGCAUAUGGCGACAAGACGCAACUUCACUAAUAUAGUAAGACGUCUCAUCAGACACGGUGCGAUGAUCGGCGCUAAGGACGAGAAUGGAAAAGUGCCACUACACGUAGCAGCACAUCAGGGAAACGUUGAAUCUUUAAAGUUGCUGCUCUAUUCCGGCGCGGAUGUUAAUAUUUGCGAUAAUGACGUCAUGACUCCUUUGCACUUGGCUGCUCAAGUUGGCAAUGUGGCUAUGUGUGAGUUACUUUUAAUGCACGGUGCUAAACUGCGAUGUAAAGAAAUUAGUAACAUCACACCCGUAAUGUUUGCAGCUAUUUGCGGCAGUUUACAAACCAUGAUGUUCCUUAUUGACGCUGGCACGAAAUUGGACAUAAGUUCUAAAGUAUGUAUGGAAGACAGAGACGACGAAGGCAGCACAGCCUUGCACUUGGCAGUGGCCAGGAGCCAUAUAGAAAUAACCAAAUAUUGUCUGAAGUGUUCAGCAGACAUCAAUGCCCAGAAAAACAAUGGUUACACUCCGCUUCACUUAGUUGCCGUAACUGGUAACGAAAAUCUUGCCAAAAUGUUGAUUGAGAGAGAUGCCGAUGUCAUUAUCACAGAUAACGAACGAAUGAUGCCAUUGCACAGGGCGGCUAUGUACAACAGACUCGAAGUCAUGGAAUGCCUAAUAAACUCCGGCACAGUUCUGGAAGGCAGGGAUAUCGAACGUUUUACACCUCUGUUGUCAGCAGCAUGGAAAGGGCAAACUGCCGCGGCCAAGUAUUUAAUCGAAGAGGGCGCUAAAAUAGACGUCAAAGACAGUGAAUCCAAGAACUGUCUUCACUGGGCGGCCUAUGGAAAUCAUUUAGACUUGGCGGAAAUGCUACUGGAGAAUGGUGGAUGUGUUCUCAUGAAUGAAAAGGAUAAAAAUGAGAUGACUCCCACUCAUAUAGCGGCUGAAACUGGAAAUGUCAAGAUUUUGAGGUUACUAAUAAAACAUGGCUGCAAUAUAUUAAGGAAAGACCAGAACGAGCGGACACCACUUCAUCUAGCAGCAAAUAAAGGACACUACGAGUCUCUCCAAGUGCUAGCUGAGACUGACAGUACACACAUCAACGAUGACGACAUAGACGGCAAUACUCCGCUGUUAUUGGCCAGUAAAAUGGGGCAUUCUAAGGCGGUCACGCAUUUGCUGAGAGUUGGGGCUGACGUAGCCAGCAGAGAUGAGUCGAGGAGGACUUCACUUGCCCUGGCUGCCAAGAACGGUCAUGCAGACAUAGUAAAGAUAUUGCUGAAGAACCACGCAGAUAUUGAUACUGUCGACAAAAACAGAAAUACACCACUGCAUCUAAGCGCUUCACAUGGACACUCUGACGUCACUGAACUACUGCUCUAUGAGGCUGCUAACCCAUUGUUGAAGAACAGCAAAGGAGAAAACUGCCUGGACUCAGCAACAGAGCAAUUACAGGACGAGACAGCAACUGUCUUGGUGUUAAAUAAACGAUGGCAGGAAAUCAUUUCGCAGCAUGAUAAAGAAGGAUUCACCACAUUUAAUAGAUUGAUAGAAAAGUUGCCGAAUGUUGCAUCUAUCGUGCUGGACAAGUGUGUACGUUUUUCACACAGUGACCGCACGGAUCCUAAUCUGAAGAUCAUCUAUAACUAUCGGCAUGUAGACCCAGGACCAGCGUCCGUCACAUCACUAGCAAUUGGAAAGAAAUGGACUGCCUUCAAA